AUGAAUGCUCUAUCUUACAUAAGUAGUAAUCUUCAGAGUUCCAAUCAGCAAGAUGAUAGCGGCGACUACAGCGAGGUUCAGAACGAGGAAGCUGGGUGUUCGAGUGCAGCAGACGGCGGCGGCGAGGGCGAGGGCAGCAGUGCGAAACAGCAGGUCGGCAUCAGAACACGGAUCAGGUUGGUGGUGUGGUCGAUCGUUCUGUUCUGUCCGCAUUAUCUGAUUUUGAAGCCGACGCAGUUUCUGUGGUUCCUCGUGACUUCGCCACUGAUGCUCAUAGAGUAUGGUGUGAAGUCGAAACUGCACAAAAAUCGAAACAAGGGCGGGGGGCAGGAGAGUUCUGGAGCGUUGGCGGCGACAAAGAGUGAGGUGAGCAGCACGUUGGCGAAGAUCAGCGAAAACGAUGAGGACGACUUGAGCGGGGGCGGCGAGUUGUACUUGCAGAGGGACUUUGUCAAGGGUUCGCUGCUGCAGACGACGGCCACGCCGGCCAGAAACUCGAAGGCAAACGGCGGCAAUCUCAGCGCUACGGGGCAUGCGCACGCCAGGUCUUCGGGCAGGUCAGAUACGUCGUCCGGAAACGUGUUGGGGACAAAGAAAAUGGGGAGAUUUUUAUUCCCCAAGAAACUCAUACCAAAAUCGGUGCUGAACGCCCAGAGGAGGAAGAUUCUAGUCAUGGACCUGGACGAGACGCUAAUUCAUUCUGCAUCGCGAAAUACUUCUCACAGCAAUUCCUCACAAGGCCAUAUGGUUGAAGUUAGGUUCGCGGUCAGCGGGGUUUCGACAUUGUAUUAUGUUCACAAGAGACCGUACUGCGACCUGUUCCUCUCAAAAGUAAGCAAGUGGUACGAUUUGGUCGUAUUCACGGCCUCGAUGAAGGAAUAUGCCGACCCCGUCAUUGAUUGGCUUGAAAGUUCGAUUCCUGGAAAUUUCACCAAAAGGUUAUACAGAAACAACUGUAUCCUGCGAGAUGGUGUUGGAUAUAUUAAGGACCUUUCGAUACUUUGUGGUAACUCAAAUCAAAUGGCGGUAGCAAAUUUGAAUGGUGGUGGUCUUGGUGAGAUCAUAUUGGUGGAUAACAGUCCUGUUAGCUAUGCAUUGAAUGUUGACAAUGCAAUUCAAGUGGAAGGCUGGAUAAGCGAUCCUUCAGAUACAGAUCUUUUAACGCUUUUACCGUUUUUAGAGGCUCUGAGGUAUACAACCGACGUUAGAGAUAUUCUGGCAUUGAAGAAUGGUGAACAAGCAUUUUCAUAA